AUGUCUCUCUCACUUGAGCACAUUGAUGCUUGUCUCCCGAUAUCAGCAUUAAAGACGUUUACUUGGGGUGAGCAACAAUUCAUCUUCCAAGGCCAGGGCACUCUUUUCCGCGUGGUCAAUGCCAUCACUGGUGCAGUGUCUGCGCAACUGCAGGUCUUCAAAAGAAACAAUGUUCACGGAUUCAUUGCUUUAAAUCAACCAAAGGAUGACCCAAAUACCGUGCAACUCCUCGUUUGGGGCGGUCGCUCGGUGCGAGUGAUUGAUCUCUACAUACCAUCUGAUGCAAGUCCCAAUUUGUCCGCAUCUAGUGCCGAAUUUAAUGCCCCGGACUGGAUCAUGAGUGGGUGUGCAGCUGCCGCAACUGGUCAUUAUGGGGGAUUCUUGAUCACCGCCAACAACGCACUUCUCAGCCUCGAAGUGGUUAAAAGUAGCCUUCCUGAGCGAACGACAGCUAUAUCCAUAUACCAGCUGGCUACGAGUGUAAAGUCUAUUCUCUAUUCAGCCGAUGUCAUUGCGCUGUCCGCUUCGCACGUUCUCAUGGCCGCUGGUACUGUGUUUGGAGAGAUCAUCGUGUGGUCGUGCUUUUUGAGCGAAGGACGGCAUAAAACCGAUGCAGUUCGAUCCAUUCACCACUUCUUCACGGGCCAUGAAGGGUCAAUCUUCAAUGUCCGGAUUUCUCCUCAGAUCCCGUCCUUGUACUCAAACCAUCCUGGUCGCUUCCUUGCCAGUUGCAGCGAUGAUAGAACGAUCCUUCAGCAUAUUCGACAGAUGGUUAUGAUCUGCGAAGCACUCGGCUUCGGCCCUGUCGGGGCACGUGAGCAGGCUGUCGGAUCCGAGUCAUGCGUGGUUCAAGCAUUUGGCCAUGCGGCUCGCAUCUGGGGUGUCUAUUUCAGAUCAAUCAAAAAUAAGGAUCAAACACAUGUGGGUCUUGUUUCUCGAGGAGAGGAUUGCACGUGUGUCUUGUGGGACUUGAGCUGGCAGGCAUCCUCAGCUGGCGCAACAAAUUAUCAACUCAAAGAGGCCUCCUCCACAGAACCGCAUAUUGGAAAGCACAUUUGGUCUUUGGAUCUUCACAGGCUCGGGUCUGAAACUGUGAUCUACACGGGUGGUGCAGAUGGAGCGUUGAAACGAUUUUCCAUCAGGGAGAAUGACGAUACACAGCUGCCAGCUCCUCCGCCUCCUGUGCCGGAAAUCCCUGGAUUUCAAAGGAAGAAGAAGCAGGCCACAAGUAACAGGGCUAGAGCAUUUGCAUUUGUGUCGCCAAACUGCCUGUUCUGCAUAUCAACAAAUGGGGAAAUUCAGCUUGGAGAUAUAGACCGAAAAGGGGAAUCAGCGACUACCUGGGAGACACUGUGCGAAGUACCUGAGCUUGGCUCUUUUGCGGUGAUCACUGGUCUACCCCACAAAGGUCUGGCAUUAAUUGGUAAUUCCAGGGGACUGGUUCAACUCUACAACCACGCUGCUAGAUCAUUUGUCGACAUUACCAAUGUUGGCACUCGGCCCCUUGGAUUGUUUUUCCUGAGCGACUCUUCCUCGACACAAUCAACCCAGUCGCCCAAACAGAUCGUCUUUCUCGUCUGUUAUCCCGCAAGAGAGGAGGUGACACUUGUCACAGUCUCUGAUUGGGACUCCGAGAACCUAAAAACCGAGACUGUCACAAUUAACCUGCCAUCUACAUUCAUAGUAUGCAGUGCAGCUCUCAUCUUCGGGGGGCAAUAUUUGAUGGUUGGCUCGAAGUCAGGCGGUCUUGCCUUGUACAAAACACCCAAGAGUCACGAGCUCUCCGAGCCGAUCUUGUUGGACCGACGGAUUCAUGGCCGAGAAUUCGUCAAUCAUAUUCGCAUAGUGUCAUCGACCCACCAUAUCGAUGGCACAAAGUCGGAGUUCAUGUUGACAUGUGGUCGAGAUGGCACUUACUGCCUCCAUGAACUAAAACUCGACGGGAAAGACGAUGGUGCUAUAUCUAUGGAGAUAGUGCAUCGCACGGCAUCGAUGAUUGGCGGAAACAUAGAGGGUGCUUAUGUCGAUGAGACCACCGGUGAUUUCAUGCUGUACGGGUUCAGGUCGCAGGAAUGGGUUCUGCGCAACGAGUCCAAAUUGACGGAUAUCAUAACCAUUGCCUCUGGUGGAUUCCGUCGAGACUGGGCAUUUUGCCCAGGGACAAAGGAUGAAGAUGCUUGCUUCGUGUGGCGAGGCGAUGCCUCUCUGGUGGUAACCCGUAUACAACCUGAUGCCAGCAAUCUGCUCCGAGCCGGUGCUCAUGGUCGUGAACUCAAGGCUGUUGAUGUAUUCUGUGCUCCUGAGGGGAGCCGACCGCUAAUCGCUACAGGCGCAGAAGAUACCACUGUGCGCCUUUUCGCACCAACGCCCACGGUGUCCAGCAGUCCAUGGGGCACCUUUGAGUGUAUGCGCGUGUUGGAUACUCACAAAUCCGGAAUUCAACAAGUCAGCUGGUCCAAGGAUGGGAAAUAUCUAUUUACCAGCGCUGCGUUUGAAGAGUUCUUCGUGUGGAGAGUCCGUGCUGUUCCGUCAUUCGGAAUUGCCACGCAAUUGCUGGCCGCUAGUCCGAAGGAUGACCCAAGCUCAGAUCUACGGAUCUUGAGCUUCGAUAUGCUGGAAGUGAAAGAGUUGAAUGGAGAGCAAGGCUUCCUCUUGUGUCUCGCAUUUUCAAACUCUACCAUCAAAAUUUUCCACUUCUCACCCUCUGCGGGUCAAUUCAGCCUUUUGGCCCGCGGAACAUACAUGACCAAUUGUCUGACUCAAACACAUUUCUUGGUCACUGGCUCUUCAGUGAACCUAAUCACCGCAGCCACUGAUGGCUACUUCACGUUCUGGGAUUUGACCAACACACUUUUACCUUUUUACACAAUUACUGAAUCUAUCUUGGAAGCCAAAGAGACCUUUGCCAGGUCGGUAACCGCUCCAGCAGAUGAUAUCACAUGUGAAGGUCGAUACCAGAUUCAUGCCAAUAGUAUCAAGGGCAUGGAAUUGGCACCUUUGUCCGACACAGCUGCAGUCAUUGUAGCUGGAGGCGACGACAACUCUCUUUCUGUGUCUCUCUUGCAGACCUUUAGCUCCAACACAGGCACAAAUGCGGAUGUCGCCACAGUCUCUAUCCCAGAUGCUCACGCGGCGGCCGUGACAACUGUGAAAAUCCUCAGUCAAGAACAGAUCAGUGAUGCUGCUUCAAACACUGAGACCACAAAAUUGAUUCUGGCGACAUCAGGCAAUGACCAUCGAGUCAAGCUUUGGUCGGUCGUUGUCGACACCACUCAGCCUGGUACCCAGGGAAUCAAUGUGGAAUUCUUACUCGACAGAUACAGCGCGGUCGCAGAUGUAUCUUCACUGGGUCUUCUUCGCGACCAGAGCUCUGAAAGCAAGCCCGGGUCUCACGGUGGUCAAGCGCAGUUGGUAGUAUGCGGCGUCGGCAUGGAGAUGUUUGGUGUUACGUCCUAA